UGAGUUAGUGGGUUGGUGUUGUUGGUGCAGUAAUGGCGACCUCAGCAGCAGCGGCUCGGACCGGAGCAGCAGUCCGGGCGGUGAAACCCUUCCUGAGCCGCGAUGUGGACGAGGCCAAGCGGAGGGUUCGGGAGCUGUACCGCGCCUGGUACCGAGAGAUACCGAACACAGUGGUGACGUAUCAGCUGGACAUCACAGCACGUCAGUGUCAAGACAAACUGAGAGAGCUGUUCAAUCAGAACAAACACGUCACCGACCCGCGUGUCAUCGACGUACUGGUCAUUAAGGGGAAGAUGGAGCUGGAGGAGACCAUUAAUGUGUGGAAACAGAAGACACACGUGAUGCGCUACUUCCACGAGACGGAGAAACCACGCUCUUCUGAUUUCCUGUCCAAGUUUUACGAUGGACACAACCCCUGAACCCUUUGACCUUCCUCUGACCUCUGUAUUCUCUCUAAACCUGAACCUGUAAAUACAUUGUGUUACUCUCACACACACA